AUGUUCAAUGUUAAACGAAAGCCGAUGCUGAUCCCCGUCUCGGCGCGAGCGAAAAGCCCCCGGCGACAGCCCAACAUGCUCACCGUGAAGCGCGCCCUGAUCGCCGCCGCCUUCUUCAUUACCCUACUCUACAUCGUCACGCGGUCGCAUGGGCCCGACACCCCAGCACCCGUGCCAAUAGUACCAGACUCGUUUCCAAAAGCAGACGACGCACACGAGCCCUCGAGACAAUCCUCCUCCUCGACAGGCACACCCCAUGCCUCGGUAGGGAAGCCAGCUAGCAAUGGGGGUGCCGCUGCUGGCGGUGGUGUGGCCGGCCAAAAGACAAUGCAGGACAUGUCCAAGCUGUCCACCUACGACAAGCUCGCAUAUCAGUUCCCCUACGACGUUGAGACCAAGUUCCCCGCGUACAUCUGGCAGACAUGGAAAUACAACCCGUCGAGCGGCAAGUUCCAGUUCAGGGAAGAGGAGGCCUCAUGGACGGAGCUUCACCCAGGUUUCAUUCAUGAAGUCAUCACGGACGACGUCGCCGAGAACCUGAUCAAGCUGUUCUACGCCUCUGUGCCGGAGGUGAUCGAGGCCUACGACGCGAUGCCUCUCCCCGUCCUGAAGGCGGACUUUUUCCGGUACCUGAUCCUGCUGGCGCGUGGUGGCGUCUACAGUGAUAUCGACACAUCGGCGCUCAAGUCGGCAGUGGAGUGGGUCCCCGAGUCUGUGCCGCGCGAGACUGUGGGCUUGGUGAUUGGCAUUGAGGCAGACCCAGACAGGCCCGACUGGCACGAUUGGUACAGCCGGAGGAUCCAGUUCUGCCAGUGGACAAUACAGUCGAAGCCGGGGCACCCAGUCCUGCGCGAUAUCGUCGCGCGGGUUGCGGCCGAGACGCUCAAGAGGAAGAGGUCAGGGUUGCUCGACGGGAUGGACACCAAGAACGUAAUAGAAUUCACGGGACCUGCUGUCUGGACCGAUACGAUCUUCGAGUACUUCAACGACCCGCGGUAUUUCGACAUGAGCACAAGCAAGGGGGCGAUCGACUGGAAGAACUUCACGGGCAUGGAGGUUGCCAAGAAGGUCGGCGACGUGAUCGUUCUGCCCAUCACGAGCUUCUCGCCCGGCGUACAGCAGAUGGGCGCGAAGGAGCCCGACGACCCAAUGGCGUUCGUGCAUCACGAUUUUGAGGGUGAGUUGGAAACACUGAACGGAACAACGGAGCGCAAGCGAAUUGAAGACUGA